AUGGUCUGUGCCUCUUUCUUAAUUUCAAGCCCGUCACAUCUCUCGAAGGAUAUUAACCUGUCACCACAUCAAGACAUUUUUGAGUCUCACCCACUUCCCGCGCUACAAAGCGCCCUAAUCGAAUAUUACAGCCAAAGAAUUAAAUAUCACGCGCAAGAACUUGCUUGUGUCGAGAAGGGGAAAACAGACAUGGAAUUCUUCAAAUUUGACAAGUGCGGGGAUGUCAUUUCUGGCCGGCGGAGUGUUCACCAGUUUGUGAAUCUUGUCGAUAAAUUGUCUUACUCAACAGACUUUUACUCGGGACUAAAAGCUAAGCUUACAAGCAAGGAGCUUUUCCGUAUCGUAGAACAACUGGCACAUAUCCUAAGGCCAAUACAAGGUGCAGAAGCUUUUUGUCAUGUCGCACAGCAAUGCCUUGGUUUUGGCAAUAUCAAGGUCAUUUUGUUAAACAGUCUUGCAUCAAGGAAAGUCAAGGCAUGGCCGUUACCUAAGGAAGACUUUCCUGUCACACGAAGAAUGGAAGUGAGAAUCAGCAACAAAAAUCAAAAGCGCAAGAAUGUCCAUGCGGAGAUGAGAUUAAUGACCUAUCUUCUUGGCUUCGAAGUCGCCAAUUCAAAUAUCUCCCCGUAUUUUCCGUAUUUGGGAGUCAGCAAGAGAACUUGCCCUUCUUUGCGGGCACAUGCUUCAAGAGAUGGGCCAAUUCGAAACUCGAGGUAA